UUUUCAGUGCUCUUUGUGAUGUUGCGUUUGUGCGGAUGGCAGUGUUUUGACCGAUGCUCUUAACUUAAGCCUUCUCUGUGUUAGCAGAGGUACGCUUUUUGGUGUUGGUGCAAUAAAUUUGUAAAUAGUUGUAAUAAUGGCUGACCCACUAAGUUUACUUCGUCAAUAUAAUGUAAAUAAAAAGGAAAUUAUUGAGAGAGAUGGUCAAAUAAUAUUCGGAGAAUUUUCAUGGCCGAAAAAUGUAAAAACUAAUUAUUUGAUGUAUGGAUCUGGAAAAGAUGGAGUUCCUAAGGAAUAUUAUACUCUUGAAUGUUUAUUGUUCAUCUUGAAAAAUACAAACUUAACACAUCCAGUUUAUGUAAGAGAAGCUGCUGGAGAAAGUAUCCCUGCUGUAAGAAGACCAGAUCGUAAAGAACUUUUGUCAUAUUUAAAUGGAGAAACACUUACUUGCUCUGCUAUUGAUAAGAGUGCCCCUCUUGAACUUCCCACACAGGUGAAAAGAUCAGCAGACUACGAUGCAUCAGACAUUGUUUCUAAAAAACCUCGUUUGGAGGAUUCCCAAGUUCAAAAAGUCAGAGAAAAGCUUGCUGCUAGGCUCAAUGCACCGAAAGAAUCUACAGUUACUGUUACUGAUAACAUUAAAUCUUUAUCAGAAGCUAUGUCCGUUGAGAAAAUCGCUGCUAUCAAAGCUAAACGUUUAGCUAAGAAAAGGACGACGAUCAAAGGUAAUGAUGAUAUAGGACAGGAGUACGACAUCAAAGCUAUACUAGAGUUUGAUGUUGAUAUAACCAAGGAUAUCAUAAGUAGGGAAAGGCAGUGGAGAACUAGAACGACUAUCUUGCAGUCUAGUGGCAAAACAUUCGCGAAAAAUAUUCUUGCAAUGUUACAUAGUAUCAAAGCUAGAGAGGAAGGAAGACAAAGACCAGUGCCUCAAGCGCCUAUUAUUACUCCUCGUCAAACGCCAAUAAGGCCGGCUACACAGCCGUCUGUUUACAGCAGAUACGAUCAGGAAAGGUUCAACAGACUGAAAGAAGAGACUGAGGGCUUCAAGAUCGAUACUAUGGGAACGUACCAUGGUAUGACAUUGAAAUCUGUGACUGAAGGAUCAGCUAAAGCUAAACAACAGAUGCCUCAGCCCCAAGCGCCAGUAUCUGCAAGCAAUAACAGGCCACAACAAGGCGGUAUGCCCCCGAAGAAAAUAUCCAGAACCCCAAUCAUAAUCAUUCCAGCUGGGGCCAAUUCAUUGAUAUCUAUGUACAAUGUUAAAGAUAUUUUGCAAGAUUUGAAGUUUGUUACUGUUGAGCAAAAAAAGGCUGAAGGUGGUAAGAGAGACAGCGAGGUCCUGAUUCAGAGAAGAAGAAACGACCAGACGGUUCCGUACCGUGUGGUGGACAAUCCUGCUAAACUGCGUCCGAUUGACUGGGAUAGGGUUGUCGCAGUCUUUGUGAUGGGUCCUGCAUGGCAGUUUAAGGGUUAUCCGUGGGAAAAUCCCACCGAGAUAUUCGCCAAAGUUGCGGCUUUCCACUUGAAAUACGAUGAAAUGAGAUUGGAUGCCAAUGUCGCCAAAUGGGCGGUGACAGUUUUAGAACUAUCGAGGACAAAGCGUCAUUUAGACAGAGCUGCCUUGAUGGUUUUCUGGGAAAAAUUGGACAAGCAUAUAAUGCAGUUCAAACCUCAUCUGAGAUUUUGAAAAAUCCGGAGGUCGAUUUUGUUCGUUUUUGUAUUAUCGAAUUUUCGUUCUAGUAUUUGGAAAUUGAAUUUCGUUGCGUUAAAUUGAAUUAGUUUUGUUUCUGCAUCAAAUAUUUCAUUUGUAACUUAGUUGAAUCUUUCAAUGUACAAUGUAUUAUAUUGAAAUAAAUAAAUGACGUUUGACUGAUAA